GCAGGAUCCAGCGGCGCCUGCGUCCCCACCGGCCGAGCGCUCUGCGUGGCCGCAGGCCCCGGGAGCCGAGCGCGCGGGCCGGACAUGGGGCCCUGCAGGCUCCCGAGCCCCGAGGACGGCCCCCGACAAGGCGCCCCGUUUUCCUCCUCCGGGACGCGCUGAGAGCCGCCCCCCGCCGCCUCUCCAGCCAUGGCCAACGGCGUGAUCCCGCCGCCCGGGGGCGCCUCCCCCCUACCCCAGGUCCGGGUGCCCUUGGAGGAGCCCCCCCUGAGUCCCGACGCGGACGACGACGACGACGACUUGGGCAAGACCUUGGCUGUGAGCAGGUUCGGGGACCUCAUCAGCAAGCCCCCGGCCUGGGACCCCGAGAAGCCCAGCCGCAGCUACAGCGAGCGGGACUUUGAGUUUCACCGGCACACAUCUCACCACACCCACCACCCACUCUCUGCGCGCCUGCCUCCACCGCACAAGUUUCGGCGGCUGCCCCCCACCUCCGCCCGACAAAUCAAGAGAGAAGAGAGAAGGAGAAAAACAUCUGCGCCCCCUUCUGAAGGGACACCCCCCAUCCAGGAAGAGGGGGGAGCAGGAGGGGAGGAAGAGGAAGAGGAGGAGGAAGAGGAAGGGGAAUCUGAGGAAGCUGAGCCCACAGAGCCCCCCGCCCCAGGCUCACCACCCAAAGCCAAGUUCUCCAUUGGCAGUGAUGAGGAUGACAGUCCCGGGGUCUCCGGGAUGGCCGCCCCUCCUCGGCCCCCAGUCCCUAGGGUUCCCCGGGCCAAUGGCAGCCCCCAACUCCCAGCCAGCUCCCCCAGCCCCCGGGCCCGGACCUCCCGGCUGACUGGAGACAGGAGCCGGGCCUGGAGCCCAUCUGCCAGCUAUGACUUGCGGGAGCGGCUGUGCCCGGGGAGUGCCCUGGGCAGCCUCGGAGGCCCCGAGCAGCAGGUGCCAACAGAUGAGGCGGAAGCUCAGAUGUUGGGGUCAGCAGACUUGGACGACAUGAAGAGUCCACCGCUAGAAGACAACCCUGGUGUGGCGCCGGCAUCCUCGUGAAGAAACCAUCAAGGACACAGGGCGGGUAGAGGCAGCCCCGGCCUAGCCCCCAUCCUGCGCAGGAAGAAGAAGAAGAAGAAGUUGGACCGGAGGCCUCAUGAGGUACCGUGUUUCGUGGAGCUGAACGAGCUGAUGCUGGACCGCAGCCAGGAGCCGCACUGGCGGGAGACGGCGCGCUGGAUCAAGUUCGAGGAGGACGUGGAGGAGGAGACGGAGCGCUGGGGGAAGCCGCAUGUGGCCUCGCUGUCUUUCCGUAGCCUGCUGGAGCUCCGCAGGACCAUCGCCCACGGAGCUGCCCUCCUAGACCUGGAGCAGACUACGUUGCCUGGCAUUGCACAUCUCGUGGUGGAGACCAUGAUUGUGUCUGAUCAGAUCCGGCCUGAGGACAGAGCCAGUGUCCUGCGAACGCUGCUGCUCAAACACAGUCACCCCAAUGAUGACAAGGACAUCGGCUUCUUUCCCCGCAACCCGUCCAGCUCCAGUGUAAACUCGGUCCUGGGGAACCAUCACCCAACCCCCAGCCAUGGUCCUGAUGGUGUGGUGCCCACCAUGGUUGACGAUGUGGGGGAGCCUGCCCCGCUCUGGCCACAUGACCCUGACUCCAAGGAGAGGCCCCUGCACAUGCCCGGGGGAGACGCUCACCGGGGGAAAAGCCUGAAGCUGUUGGAGAAGAUCCCGGAAGAUGCUGAAGCGACCGUCGUGCUUGUGGGCUGCGUGCCUUUCCUGGAGCAGCCUGCAGCUGCCUUCGUGCGCCUAAGCGAGGCAGUGCUCCUGGAGUCCGUGCUCGAGGUCCCGGUGCCCGUGCGCUUCCUCUUUGUCAUGCUCGGGCCUAGCCACACCAGCACCGACUACCAUGAGCUGGGCCGCUCCAUCGCCACCCUCAUGUCUGAUAAGCUGUUCCAUGAGGCGGCCUACCAGGCAGAUGACCGGCAAGACCUACUGAGUGCCAUCAGUGAGUUCCUGGAUGGCAGCAUUGUCAUCCCGCCAUCCGAGGUGGAGGGCCGAGACCUGCUGCGCUCUGUGGCCGCCUUCCAGCGUGAACUGCUCCGAAAGCGGCGAGAGCGUGAGCAGAACAAGGCGGAGGUGACCACACAGGGAGGCUACACGGCCCCUGGGAAAGAACUGUCUAUGGAAAUGGGGGGCACCGAGCCACCCCCCGAAGAUGACCCCCUGCUGCGGACUGGCUCGGUGUUUGGGGGGCUCAUCCGGGAUGUGAAGCGCCGGUACCCCCGCUACCCAAGCGACCUGCGGGAUGCACUGCACUCGCAGUGCCUGGCUGCCGUCCUCUUCAUCUACUUUGCUGCCCUGAGCCCAGCCAUCACUUUCGGGGGGCUGCUCGGGGAGAAGACCGAGGGACUGAUGGGUGUGUCGGAGCUGAUCGUGUCCACCGCAGUGCUUGGUGUGAUCUUCUCGCUGCUGGGGGCACAGCCGCUGCUGGUGGUCGGCUUUUCGGGACCUUUGCUGGUCUUCGAAGAAGCCUUCUUCAAGUUUUGUCGAGCCCAGGACCUGGAGUACCUGACAGGCCGCGUGUGGGUGGGCCUGUGGCUGGUGGUCUUUGUGCUGGCGCUGGUGGCAGCCGAGGGCAGCUUCCUGGUGCGCUACAUCUCCCCUUUCACCCAGGAGAUCUUCGCCUUCCUCAUCUCGCUCAUCUUCAUCUACGAGACCUUCCACAAGCUCUACAAGGUGUUCAUGGAGCACCCACUGCUGCCAUUCUACCCCCCUGAGGGGAUUCUGGAGGUGGGGCUCGAGUUGAAUGCGAGUGCUCUGCCUCCUACCGAGGGCCCCCCAGGCCCCAGGAACCAGCCCAAUACAGCCCUGUUGUCCCUCAUCCUCAUGCUGGGCACCUUCCUCAUCGCCUUCUUCCUUCGAAAGUUCAGGAACAGCCGCUUCCUGGGUGGCAAGGCUCGCCGCAUCAUCGGGGAUUUUGGUAUUCCCAUCUCCAUUCUGGUGAUGGUUCUGGUGGAUUACUCCGUCACCGACACCUACACACAGAAGCUGACAGUACCCACGGGGCUCUCAGUGACCUCUCCCCAGAAGCGCACAUGGUUCAUCCCGCCCCUGGGCAGUGCCCGACCUUUCCCGCCCUGGAUGAUGGUGGCAGCCGCUGUCCCCGCACUCCUAGUCCUCAUCCUGAUCUUUAUGGAGACACAGAUCACUGCCCUCAUCGUCAGCCAGAAGGCCCGGAGGCUGCUCAAGGGCUCCGGCUUCCACCUUGAUCUGCUUCUCAUUGGCUCCCUGGGUGGCCUCUGUGGGCUUUUUGGGCUGCCCUGGCUCACGGCUGCCACCGUGCGCUCUGUCACCCAUGUGAACGCGCUGACCGUCAUGCGCACGGCCAUCGCACCUGGCGACAAGCCCCAGAUCCAGGAGGUGCGGGAGCAGCGUGUGACAGGCGUGCUCAUCGCCAGCCUUGUGGGCCUGUCCAUCGUCAUGGGUGCCGUGCUGCGCCGGAUCCCACUGGCAGUGCUCUUUGGCAUUUUCCUGUACAUGGGGGUCACGUCUUUGUCCGGUAUCCAGCUGUCCCAGCGCCUGCUGCUCAUCCUCAUGCCCGCCAAGCACCACCCUGAGCAGCCAUAUGUGACCAAGGUGAAGACGUGGCGGAUGCAUUUGUUCACCUGCAUUCAGCUGGGCUGUAUCGCGUUGCUCUGGGUGGUCAAGUCCACAGCAGCCUCACUGGCCUUCCCCUUCCUGCUGCUGCUCACCGUGCCUCUGAGGCGCUGCCUCCUGCCCCGGCUCUUCCAGGAACGGGAGCUGCAGGCGCUGGACUCGGAAGAUGCUGAACCAAAUUUUGAUGAGGAUGGCCAGGAUGAAUACAACGAGCUGCACAUGCCCGUGUGACCCUGGAACGACCCCUCCUAGAAAACCCUCCACAGUGUUGGACACCUGGCCCACCUGGUGGGCUUUUCACAAUCCAGAGACAUGCCUGGAACAGCUACCAAUGCCACGGCUAGGGAGCCCCCACUCAUGAUGGGGUGCCCACCUGUCACCAUCCAGACCGGCACAGGCUUUGAGCUCAUUAUAACCACACUCCUUGUCUCGUG